UAUGGGGACCAUCUAUAUUCUCACGGCCCAUAAAGAUUGAGAAUAAGCAGUAGAAGAAAUUGCGAGAGCUUCAAAGAAAGUGAGGAAGUAUACUGAAGCAUGGGAUAUUCAGUGAGAGAACAAGUGUGGUGGGUGGUGGUGAUUAUUAUAUUAUUGGAGCUUAAAGAUAGUUGUGAGGCGUGUUUGGAAGAAGAGAGAGAAGCUCUUCUCAAACUGAAAGAAGCUUUCAAUCAUCCAAACGGCUCGUCUCUUCCUUCUUGGAAUAACCUUACCAAUUCUGAUUGUUGUAGAUGGGAGGGAAUCAUCUGUGACAACUCUACUGAGAGGGUGAUGAGCCUUCUUCUGAACUACACAAGAGCUCAAGAGUUUGAAGACAUCAACUGGUCAUUGAAUGCUUCUUAUUUUCUCCCUUUCCGCCAACUUCAAACUUUGGAUUUGUCUGGAAAUUACUUGUCAGGGCUACUUGGAGAAAUUAGAUUGGACAACUUGCAAACUUUGAAUCUGGAAGACAACAAGCUCACGGAAGUCCCGUUCCUUGGUGUUUCUCAUUCACACAAUUCGAAGACUUUGAAGGGUAGUCUUCCACAAUCUAAUGCGUCUCGUACAUCUCUAGCCUCCUUGCAGACGUUGUCCUUUUAUAAAAAUAGCCUGGAAGGCUCCCUACCACAACAAGUUGAAAGAGGGAAGAACUGUCUCACAUAAAGCAACAAGGAAGAACAUAGCCUAAGAAGCAGAUGAACAGAAGACCAACAAGCUGAACCACAAUUGGCAAGUGAGUGACUUGCAAUGCGAAACAGGGGAAACUCACAGUCGAAGCUCUAAAAAUGGCAGCCGAGCUCUGUAGUGUUUCCUAGAGUGGACUCCUUGAAGCAGUGAACUCACGGUGAAGUCGAGACCUAUGCCGGCGAGAACGCGAUGAUGGAGAAGGAAGAGGAAGAAAACAGAGAUGGCUAAGGGUUUUGGUCCAAGCUUCUCUCUCUUGACUGGUCUAGAAUUUUUGAAAGUUGAUACAAAGAAGAAUGAAGAAUGAGCUGACCGACUUCCACUGCCACUCUCAUUCAUUUAUUUUCAUUUUGUUGGUUUUUAGUAGGAGGAGCAUUCUAGUAAUUUUACCCAAAACUGAAGCUAGAAAAUAAGGUAGAAAAAUGCACUGAUGAUCUCAUGAGGAUCGAUCCCAUGACUGACAUAAGGAAUGUUAAUCCAACUCCCACUAAACCUGCAUCCAUUCUUGCUAUAUAUUUUUUAUUUUUUUAUAUCUUCCCACAUUAUUACCAUAAUUAA